GGGCUUCCGAGGGCUGUCGUCACCCUUGACCCCUGUUGUGGUCCCCAGCGCCCGGGCACCCCGGAGGUGCCCAAACGUCCCCUAAGGGGCAGCCGGCGGAGGGACAGAGGGCGUCGCUCGGGGCGUCUCAGGGACUUUCCCGGUCCCGCUGGGAAAGCGUGAUCUCAUCCCCUUCCUCCCUCCCCUCCGGACGCGGAAGGGGCGGUCGGAGGCCGUGCGCCUGGAGGCACCAGCGUGCCUUCCGCGCUCUGCCAUCCGCUGGCACCGCCGCCAGGCCGUCCGGCCGCCAGCCCCAGCCCCGAGGACACGAGCGGCGCAGCCAGCCGCCCCCGCGAUCCCUGGUCUGCUCUGCAGCCCCCAGGGGACCUAGUACCCGUGAGCAGGUAGGGACACCGGGCCUGCAGCGCAGGGGGGCGGUGUGUGGAACAUGACUCCAUCACCCAGUGCUUCUCCCGCCACCGGAGCCCACACCAACCUGUGCCCAUGGCCAGCACAGGGCCGUCGCUUUCUGGCGCCUUUGACAUUCUAGGCGCGGUGGGCCAGGAUAAGCUCUUGUAUCUUAAGCACAAGCUGAAGACCCUGCGGCCAGGCUGCCGGGGGGCGGACCUCCUGCAUGCCCUGGUGCUCCUAAAGCUGGGCCAGGAGACCGAGGCCAGGAUCUCCCUGGAGGCGCUGAAGGAGGACGCCGUGGCGAAGCUGGUGGCCCACCAGUGGGCUGGUGUGGACAGCACUGAGGCCCCAGAGGAGCCCCCAGACAUGUCCCGGGCCGUUGCCAGGAUGUACCACCUUCUUGCCGAGGAGAGGCUGUGUCCAGCGCCAAUGCGGGAGGAGGCCUACCGCGCAGCCGUCCGCGCUUUCAGGUCCAGGGACGACCCACAGCUGGGGGAGCUCCAGGAAGAGGCACGAGACCGGUGCGGAUGGGACGUCCUUAGGGACCUGGAGGCCAUCCAAACUCUCCACUCCAAUCUGGGGUGCCUCCUGCCAUCCUCGGCAUCACCCUCCGGGACCCGCAGUGAUCCGCGGCCCAUCGAGGACCUUUCGGACUGGAGCAGAGGGCAUUCCCUGAGAUCCACCGGCAGCCCGGCCUCCCUGGCCAGCAACUUGGAAAUUAGCCAGUCGCCCACCAUGGCCCUCCUCAGCACUCACCACAGCCCCCACGGGCCCAGCAAGCUGUGUGACAAGCCCCGGGCCAGCCCGGUGCCCGAGCCUGCCCCUAUGGGCUGCCAGGAGCCCGAGGAGAUGAGCUGGCCCCCAUCAGUGGAGGCUGCCGGGCCCCCGGUGCGGCCAAACAGCCCAGCCCCCAGGCUUCCCAAGGUGGCCUCAGAUGCAUGCCCCGCCAGCCUGCACGACCCCCCGGAAGCUCCAAAAACCAGCAGUCACUACUCGGUGGAGUGCACGGAUGUGCCAGCAGCUCCCAAAUCUCUCCCCUCGCCUUCCAGAAACGCCUGCCCUGUCGCGGAUCAGACGCCAAUCCAACUUUCAGAGGAAGACACCACUUACCCGGCGGCUCAGCCACGCCCACCGACUCCAUCGGCCCCCAAAACGUCCUCUCCCUUUUCGUCUCCAUCGACCCCUCCUAAGGCUCACCCUACCGUCUCGAAGCCGGGGCCCCCUCCUCCUGAGCUGGAGUCGCCGGAGCAGAAGUUCUAUAACUUCGUGGUGCUGCACGCUGGCGCUGACGAGCACAUCGCGCUGCGCGUGCGCGAGAGGCUGGAAGCCCUGGGCGUGAGCGACGGCGCCACCUUCUGCGAAGAUUUCCAGGUGCCAGGGCGCGGCGAGCUGCACUGCCUGCAGGACGCCUUAGACCACUCGGCCUUCACCAUCCUGUUGCUCACCUCCAACUUCGACUGCCGGCUGAGCCAGCACCAGGCGAACCAGUCGCUGAUGAGCAGCCUCACGCGGCACGGGUGGCAGGAUUGCGUGAUCCCCUUCCUGCCCUUGGAGAGUUCCCUGACCCAGCUCAGCCCCAGCACGUCCAGCCUGCUCACCGCCCUGGUGUGGCUGGACGAGCACUCCCCGAUCUUCGCCAAGAAGGUGGCCAACACCUUCAAGUCCCAGAAGCUGCGGGCCCGCAAGGCCAAGUGGAGGAAGGAACAGGAUGUCCGGGCCCUGCAGGAGCACAGCCAACACCUGGAGGGUGAGCGGCAGCAGGUAGCGGCGUGGAGUGCCGCACAGUCAGCUUACUUCCAUAACUACCUGUCCUACCAGAGGCAGAUGGAGAAGCUCCAGGUAGCUUUCGGGAGCUACAUGCCAUUUGAGACUCGGCAGCCUUCUGUGCUUCAGGCGCCAUUUGGGGGACCGGGGCCCCUCGGAGCCCCACCACCAGCCUUUCCCACCCGGCCGGGCCAUCAGCCGCCAUCCCUGCCUCCUUGGCUGGCGGGCAUGCCCCCACCGGCUUUCCCGCAGCCCCCCAUGGCUUUCCCGCAGCCCCAGGCCUUCCCGCAGCCUGCGGACUUCCCACAGACUUCACCUGUGCACCCUCAGGGCUCUGGGCUGCAGCCCCUCAUCAUACAUCAUGCACACAUGGUACAACUGGGACUCAACAACCAUAUGUGGAACCAGAGAGGGACGCAGGCGCCCGAGGACAAGACGCCAGAAACGGAAUGACCAAAAGCAUCUGCUUCCUACCAGGGCCUGGCACUUGUGCUGGGCCUUUGCCAGGGGUCGUUGUGACACUGGAGCUCAAGGUUACCCUGACCCAGACCCCGGCCAGGCAGGGCCUCGGGAAACUGAAAGUCCAGUGGAGCCAGAAGGAGGAAGUUUCUGCAGGCUCUGCAGCCGACACCCACCUCCACCCCCUACUCCUCUGCCCAUGCUAAUAAAGGGCCUUCUGAAAGGUAGGGUCAGCCCUGAGAAGGGCCAGUGUGGGAUUUUUCCUGCAGUGUUUGCUCCAGUAUCAGCCCUCUUUCCUCCCAAGGCUGCAGAAACUGCCCUGGUCAAGGUCAUGGGUACCUUUGAGUUGUUAAGUCCAGAGGUCACUUCUCUGUUCUCCUCCCCCUCUCGGAGGCGUCUGACCGGGCCAGUCGGCCUCCUUCUAAGAACUGCAUUGUCACAUGGUCCCCGGGCCCCAUACUCCUCCUCGCUCCCGCCUCGUUCUCCCUCCCACCCACUUACCCACCCACCCACCUCUCCCGGACCCCCUCGGGCUUCUCCCCUCCCCCACCCCACCCCUCCCUGGCGGCCUCGUCUAUGCCCUCAGCCCUGUCUCCAGCUCGGACCUCCUCUGAGCUCCAGAUUCAGGGUGCAGCUGCCCCUCUACGUCUCCACUUGGGGGGUUCACGGGGGUCUCACACUCAACACCGCCACGCGGUGUCUGACCAUCCUCGCUAACCUGCUCCUCCCACGUCUCAUCUUUGCUGACGGAAGCUCCGUACUGGCAGUUGCUCGGCGAGAACCUGGGAGUCACCCUAGACUGACCUGUCAGCCAGUCCUCCUGCUUCUGCGUUCAAAAAACUGUGCAGAACCCACCCACUUCUCUCCCCUCCUCUGCCCCCACCUGGACCAGCGCUGUCACCUGCACCCUGGUCCCUGGGCUCCCAUCCUCGUCCCCACAGCCUGUCCUCCUUGAAGCAGCCACCAGAGGGAGACCGUGAGCAUCUGAGUCAGGCCCCGCCCCCUCCUCUGCCCAAGGCCCUCCAGGACUCCC